CGCACACUACACAAGCUUCAGAGAAACCUGAGUAAAGGGCAGCAUGUCUAAUAUCGCUAAAGUUCUUUCUAGGAGGCAGGACAGAGGAGAAGGAGUGGGAACAAACGAGAAGGCAAUUCCCUUCAACAAGCAGGACUACCAGACCCUGAAGCAGGAGUGUCUGGUGAAAAAAACCCUGUUCUGUGACCCGACCUUCCCUGCCGAAUCCGACUCUCUGGGAUACAAUGAACUCGGACGGUACUCCUUCAAGACCAGAGGAGUGCAGUGGAAGAGACCUAAGGAGCUCUGCUCAAACCCGGAGUUCAUUGUGGACGGCGCCAAACGGACAGACAUCUGUCAAGGAGCUUUAGGUGACUGUUGGUUGCUGGCGGCUAUUGCAUCUUUGACUCUGGAUAAUGCAAUUCUGGAACGUGUAGUUCCACCUGGACAGAGUUUUAUAGAGGACUAUGCCGGCAUCUUUCACUUUCAGCUCUGGCAGUUUGGUGAAUGGGUGGAUGUUGUCAUUGAUGACCGGCUGCCCACCAGAGAUGGGAAGCUGCUGUUUGUUCAUUCAGCCGAGGGCUCGGAGUUCUGGAGCGCCCUGUUGGAAAAGGCCUAUGCAAAGCUUAACGGCUCAUAUGAAGCUCUGACGGGAGGUUCAACCACUGAGGGUUUUGAGGAUUUCACUGGAGGUAUCGCUGAAAACUACGAGUUGAGCAAAGCUCCUCCAUACCUAUUUAAGCUCAUGCAGAAAGCACUGAUGCUGGGAUCAUUACUGGGCUGCUCCAUUGAUUUGACAUUGGUCCAGAAAGAUGGCAGCAGCAAACUCGGCCUUGUGGAGUUUCAUAUACUGUGGAAAAAGAUCCAGAAAUAUUUGGAGGUUUUUAAGAAGCAUGAUACAGACAACUCAGGCACUAUGAGUUCCCAUGAGAUGAGAGAUGCCGUGAAAGAAGCAGGGUUCCAGCUGAACAAUGAGGUACUUGAGGUGAUAAUCUCACGUUAUGCUAAUCAGCAGUAUGCCAUUGACUUUGAUUGCUUUGUUGGCUGCCUGAUUCGCCUGGAAAUGCUCUUCAAAAUAUUUAAAACGUUCGAUAAGAAGAACACUGGGAAAAUCGAGCUGGAUAUCCUGCAGUGGCUGUGCUUGGCCCUGAGUUGAAAAUCCAUUUGGCCUACAUUGCACCAGAAUUGCACUAGAUUUGUAUCGUGAAAAGCGCUACACAAAUAAACUUGGAAAAACUUGAACUUGAAUACCAAUAAGUACAAUCAGAGUAAAAUCAGAGGGGUAUCUAAAUUUGGUAUUGCUUACAGAAUGCAAUUUGUUUAUGGUGCUCAUCUGCUGAA